AUGGCGCGCUUCUUGUGGCGUUUCUUGGUGUUGGCCGUUCUGAAAAGGUCAAGCAGCCAAAGCACGGAGCAAGCGCCUUGUACAUCCAGCUCAAUUCUACGAAUGAUCCGGGACUUUGCGCCAGAGUGCAUCUCGGCUUGCCCGUCUGUCUGCUUGCCUUUGGAAGGCCUUAUCUCCAGUGUCAUGAUGGGUCAGGACCCCUUCUUGACCAUCUGCCCAAAUUGGCAGACGUUCUACUGCAUGGCCUUGCCAGACGUGUUGGAAUCGUGCACUCCGCUUCUGGAUGCUGCAAAAACCUACGUGGGAAUCAACUUGCCAAGGAGCGGCGAACAGCUCAUGGACGUCUGUGAAGUUUCAAGCACCUCAACGACAACAGUCGGAACGCAGACCGGAACGCAGACCGGAACGUCAACGUCUGCAGCCGUGACAUCGUCGACUUCACAAGAGCUGGCCGGUACUUCCGCCACCGCCACCACGGAUGCCACCAGCAACACAAGUGUCACAUCGACUGCAACGGCUUCAGCUACAGCCACAGCCACCACAGCUACUCUGACUGCAACCGUAACUCCCACCUCCACAACUUUUUCUGCGACUUCCUCCACAACGUCGAGCGACCUGGGAGAACAAGAACAUGGCCUCAACAGAGCUCCGGACAGUCUUUCAAUCUCCCAAGAGAGAGCAGCUGAGCCCACAGAGCAACAAACAUCAACGGAACAGAGGCAGAAUCAGUCGGAGGAGGUGCUGAAUGCCAGCGAGAACUUUUCGGAAGAUUUUGAUGAUUUUCGGGAUGGCUACGUCAUUGAUGCUUCUUGUCCUCCUUCUGCCCUUUGGGCACUCCUCCUCGUGCUGGAGGGCCAAGGCAAGGAGAGGCCGACUGCUUUUGAGGCCGAGAUGGCCAUGGGCGGACCGGCAGCCACCGGCAGCCUCCUUCAAGAGGAGCGCGCGCCGACCGACCCAGUUCCCUUUCCCCUGCGACUGGUGGCAAAGCCACUGCUCGCUGAAAUUGGGUUGAGAGCCACAGAGCGUACCUCGCCCGCUGCACAGAAGAAAUGCAAGGAUCAGAGCCCAGGGAGAAAAGCAGUGCGGACUCUGGCGGUGCUUGGAUGCCUGGUUCCACAUGGGCCGCAUCGAACAGCAUUCAUGACUUCGUUUGGGGACUACCACCUGAUUUGGUACGAUGUUCGUUCGGAGCGGGACGCAUUUCAGCCGGACCAGUUUAUCUUCGAAACCGUCGUGGAGAGUGUGCCAAGUUUGUCUCGAGUUCGCAGCGCCAACGAUCUUUUUGAACUGUUUUCGGGAGGUGACAGGGAAGCGCCCACAAAGGUAGUUGUGGCGUUGAUGGCACUUUUGGGUGGAAACUUGAUUGCCCGUGGUCAGUACACGGCAUUCUUCAGCUUCGUCGGGAUCUUUUUGACAGUUGGAGUUUUCCAGCAGCUGAAAGGACUCGCACAAGCGUCUGCAGCCCUGCUUGUGUGCUAUUUUCUCAAGACCACAAUCUGGGAUGGAACCGUGUCCUUCGAGUGGCUUGUUACAGUGUUGAUCAUUAUGGUUCUGGCGGUCUUCCUGGUCAUGGUCAUUCGCAUCCUCUCGAGGCAGGAUCCUCGCAGCUAUGUCUUGUUGAAGGAGCAGUCUUCGCAGCAUGCACAGAUCCGCAACCAGUGUUGCAUGGAUGUGAAGGUCUUAAGCUUCGAGGCGCAUGACAAUGUGCGAUUUGUACCACGGGGCGGUCUGCUGCCCAAGGGCUCGGUUGUGCCAAGGGGUGGUCUGAUUCACUUAGGCCACCAGGCUCCGUAUUCCGUGAAGAUUUUCUCGCCCUUUGAGACGGAGCUAGGGACCUGGACGGAUGUCCAGGGCCACUACGUCCUGAGAGAAACCAUCCCGCCCUGCAUCAUCAGCGAGAGCCAGAGCUCUUCUUCUAUUUUCCGGAACUCCACAGAAGCAGAGGUCGUCCUGUGCCUUUGCAAACGACACCACUGGACCAGUAGCUUGUGGCUCCCGCUCUCCCAGGCCAUCGCACGCUUGCGUUGGCCCGGAAGACUCGUUAAGCCACAAGAGGAGGUAGAACUGGCGAAGGUGCCCUGCGUAGUCCGUGUAUACACCGGUUUCGUAAAUGUUUUCGGAGCGCAUGGUCUUGUUGGGGGCAUUCUUGAACAAGCAUGCUGCAUGCUUGAAACUGGUGAAGACGUGGAUUUUGUCGGGGGCGUCACCUGGUCGCGCCCUCUGGAUCGUGCGAGGAAUAGCAUGUCGUCCUUGCUGUCGCUGAAUCGUAAGUAG